AUGGCUGCUCAACAUAAGCAAGACCCAAUCGUCUUGGUCAUAGAUUUCCACCAUGCACGAGGACCCGAGAUAGAGCAUUGCAUUGCCGACGAAGGAACCGACCCAGCAAUUGAGAAUGAUUGGUCUUUGCUACCUUUCAUGGCCCUAUCUGACGGAGCACACUUGUCGACCGAGGAAUUUUCGUACUUCACGCUUUGCAGAAAGGAGACUUCCACCAUCCCUGCAACUUCUCUCUUCGGUAUAGCCUGCUCCCGCCAACUCGACGCGAGCCUACUCAUCACUCGCUCGGCCGAGGUCACACGAUCAACGGUACAGAAAGCUGUCGUGGUUGUCACGGAUACUCCGCAGCGUGUGGGCCAGCUGCGCGAGAAGCUGUCUGUGGUGACAUCAGCAUGGUUUGCGCAACGUGACUUCUCUGAUAUCGAUAUCUUAAAGAAAUUCAGAGAGGGCUUGGUAAUUUCUCUACUCAAUGACGAUGGCCCAACAGAUCAGAACUUGGGUAAGAAGACGAACCGCUACGAUCGUUUUGGAUCCCCGCUGAAUUUUGAAGGCCUUUCGCUUCGGGAGAUGGUUCAUGAGUUUAAAUCCCAGACAUUGGUUCUUUUCAAGGCACUGCUGUUGCAGCCCAAGAUGCUUUUCUUCGGGACACGAUGUGAACGUCUGUGCAUGAUUCAAUUCUCACUUAUAUCUUUAAUACCCGGUCUUAUCAACAGUCUACAAGACUGUGCGGAUCCUGCUUUUGAUACAUACUCUCAAAUAGUUGAGAAGCCAACUUCCCUGAAGACGAGUGAUCGAGGCUCCUUGUUGGCAUACAUGGGCCUCCCACUACAAAUAUUCGGAAAAGGAAGCAUGUUUGGUCCUUACACACCUCUCCAGCUGCUGGAUCUGCUGGCCGAUGAUGGGACAAAAUCCUAUGUUGUUGGGUCAACCAACUCACUGCUCCUCCAGCAAAAAGAUCGCUAUAGCGACAUCCUAAUCAACCUCGAUGAAGACAGCAUCGUUAUCAACAAUCCUUCUCUCCGAAAUGCCCUAGCCCUAUCUGCGGCCGACAGGCGCUGGAUCGACCUGCUCACGCAAAUCGUCAAUGAUACCUGGGACGAGGAUCACCCUUCCCAGCCGAAGACCCUCGGCUUCAUGGGCUCAGAAGAGUUCAUUCGUCUACAGUUUGAAGAGUACCUGCUGGCGUUGUUAUCCUCCAUGAAAUACCACGAGGAGCUCUCUUCAGUUAACAACGGAGACUCUCCAACUCGCAGCAAGGCCCAAUUGCAGAACUUUAAUAUCGAAGGAGACCCGGCCAUCGAUUUCAACACAGAGUUCCUGACACAAUGGCAAGCAACCUCUAAUUACGCGCUAUUCUCGCGCCUCACUUCAGACGCGCUGCUAUUCUCCAUCACCGAGCCACGACACCCAAACGCAGGUGGCCUGACCAUGGAGGACGUCCAAAGGCGCAUAUCGCAGCAAGUCGCAGAUCUACACCUGGACGAACGGGUACGCGAAAGUCGCGAGGCUCUCGGCCGUCACUUUUCAACCGGUCAGAAAAAAGUGAGCGCUGCAUUCAACAGCUUCUGGUCUGAUAUUGAGACGAUGCGUGAAGCGCAACGCAAACGCAACGAAGAAAAAGCAAUCGCCCAAUCCCAGCGCCCUUCCAUAGACAAGGACACCCCUCUUUCACCAACCCCCUCCGAGGAUCCUAACGAAGCCCGUGCCCGGCCUUCCGUCGAUAUGACCCAAGCUCAAGCUUCCGUCGCCGCAGCAAGCCAAAAAGCAGGCGCAUACUUCAGCUCGUGGGGCUCAUGGGCCAGCGAAAAGCGCCGCGAAUGGCAAGACAAGCGCGGUACCUCGCCAAAUCCGAGUAUCAACACCAAUCCCACCGCCAAUCCCACCUCUAGCCCCAAAGGAAUUACAUCACCAUCCACCCCGGUGCUCACCGUCGUCACCGAAACCGCAGAGUCAGAUCGUGGUCGUCGCCGCUCGCUUCAGCUCCGCACUGAACGCGACGCUUCUCCUGUCGCUUCAGUUGCAGAGGGAGGUCUCAGCCGCAGUGGCAGUCGCAGAAAGAGAUGGAGCAAUAUUCUCCUACGUCGCGAGAGCGGCGAGUUCCAGCGCCGCGAUGAUGUUGCUACCUCCGAUUCCCAAGACGUUCCCUAUCCCAAAUCCCCUCUGUCGCAAGGCUUCCCAGCCUACGAAGAUGAGACAAAGCCAAGUCUGGAGAAAGGUCCCGGCCUUCCAGCGGGAAAGAGUUACCAGGAGACUGUCGAUGCAGAUGGGUUCGCCUCCGUUGCCUUGACGCCGAACGAAGGUCUGGGUUUGAGCUUGGGAGACGACAGGAUGAAGGAAAAUGUUGCUCCUGGUCAUGUAGACCCCGAAGAAUUGAUCACGGCGCUUCCCGUCAAAGACGAACAUACAGCCCGGUGA